CCUAUGGGCUUUUAUGUUUUUGGGAGCUACUCAGCUCAGAUGUGACCAGAACCCUGCAGCUUUCCUUUCUAAAGGAUUCACGAUGACAACGAGAGUGGUGGUUCAGCAGCCCGAGUCCGUCAAUGGUCUCGAGUUUAACCAGUGGGGCAGUAAAAUCUGUGAUUGUUGCGACGACCUCCGCAUGUGCUGCUUCGCAUUCUGGUGCCCAAUCUGCUUCGAGAGUCUGACGCUUAAUAAGCUCGGCGAAUCAUACCUCCUCUCCCUGGUGGAUUACACGCUGAGCCCUUUUGUGCCCGCUAUCACCAUGGCCGCCAGACAGUCCAUGCGCCAUCUCUACGGCAUAGAGGGCUCCAUGUGCAACGACUGCGUAUUAUCCACCUUUUGCCGUUGGUGCGUGUGGUGCCAGAUGGCUCGUGAGAUGAAGAAGCGCUCCAGUCAAAUCGUGUUCGUGAACGAUCACACAAGGAACAGGGACUUGUAAUAUGACAACACUAAAAAGAUGGACGAGUCUAUAUACGUAUACUAUUUGAUAUUUUAGUCUAACAUUCAUAGUCUCCUACUGUAAAUGAAAUACUUGUUUGUUUUAUUCCUUUACAACUUUUAUAGACAACAUUAUAGACAACAGCUAGCUCUUUAUUUUAAAGAAGAGGUUCGGAAUUUGUUUUUACAUUAGGCUGAAUCUUCAAGUUAACAAGGGUUUAAUACGUUGGUGGAGCUGAUUUCAACAAAUUCCGUGCAGUUUGUCAGUUAUUUGUUAGUUUCAGGGCUACAGAGUGGCUGAGGUAGUGUAUGUCAAUAGUGACUGCUUAGCAUGGAAAUAAAAAACAAUAUUAACAGAUCUAACAGAGUCAAAUAAUUUAAUAAAUGCAGAUCAUUGUUCGAAAUACCCAUGCGGUUUAAACAAUGUCACACCAAACUGCCGGAUUUCAUUUCAUUCUGCGGGACGAUUUUAUUAUUAUUAUUUUUUUAGAUGCGUCGUGCGACCACAAUAGAGAGGAGUGCUUCAGCCACUCGUGCUCAGUCUGCUAGGGAGUCUCUUUCACCCCCCCCAAAAAAAAUCAGCAGUGAAAAAACUGAUGUGACAUCACUCCGCCCUGCUUGCCUAGACAGCCUGUUCCCUGCAGAGCUGCUGGAUUACAAAUGUUGCUGUUCAUACUACUGUUAUUGACUUGCAUUGGUAAGUUUUAAUAACAUUAUCCUGAAAACAUAGCCCACACUAUUGAUUGCAUGCGUCAUCGGUAAUUUUCAUGUGUGCAAUUGUUGGUAUGCUAAGCAGGCACCAUUGACACGUGCUAGCUUAGCCCCUCUGGAGCCCUGAAACUAACAAACUACACGGAAAGUUUUUGAAACCAACUCCACCGACUAAUUAAACCCCUGCUAACUUGAAGAUUAAGCUUUUGGUCUAAAAAAACUUCCCCUUCUAUAGGAACGUCAUUUACAGUGAUCCCUCGCUACUUCGCGCUUCAAACUUCGCGCCCUUAGUCCAUCACGGAUUUUUUUGCAAUAAAAAAAAAAAAAAAAUACUGAUGAGCUGUCCAGAGCCGAUCACACUGUCUCAUGCUCGCUCCCUCCCUCUCACUCCCUGCUCUUUUUCAUCAAACAGCGAACUGGAGUUGCUUAUUAAAGUAAACGAUGACUGACAGAUGGUUAAGCUUUGAUCUUGCCAGAGACUCAACCUUUAAAGGGCCGCAUGUGUCAAUCAUCGUUUAACUUGUUAAACAGUUGCUGUAGCGACUCAGUGUGUUUAAGUGAGCAGCUGGAGCGGAUUUGGGGGGAAAUUCAAUGAAGCAUUCCAAAAAGACAAACAUAUAUAUAUAUAUAUAUAUAUAUAUAUUAAUGGAUUGGCGUCUACACUUUUUUCUUGUUUAAAAAUAAUUCUGUGGGACAGUAACAUGUUUAAAACAUCAUAAUUAUUACAUUUAAAGUGCUUAUAAACCAUUUGUUAAAAUAUAUACAUAGAUAAAAGGUUUUUUAAAUGAUACUUUGGGGGAAAAAGGUAAAACAAACAUGUCUUAUAUGUAUCUUUUUCCAAUGA